AUGCGCGCUCCGAGACCGCCCUCCAAGUGACGUGAGAGCUCACUCGGAGCGCUCGGCCGCGUCUCUCAUCUCCGGCUCCCGUAAUCUGCUGUGAUGGCUGCCGCUGUCCCUGGCGCCGUUUCCCUCUCCCCACUGCUGUCUAUUCUCCUGGGCCUGUUGCUCCUCUCUGCUCCUCAUGGCGGCAGCGGCCUGCACACGAAGGGCGCCCUUCCCUUGGACACAGUCACUUUCUACAAGGUCAUCCCCAAAAGCAAGUUUGUCUUGGUGAAGUUCGACACCCAGUACCCCUACGGCGAGAAGCAGGACGAAUUCAAACGGCUGGCUGAGAAUUCGGCCUCCAGCGAUGAUCUUUUGGUGGCAGAGGUGGGGAUCUCAGACUACGGUGAUAAGCUGAACAUGGAGCUGAGUGAGAAAUACAAGCUGGACAAAGAGAAUUACCCAGUCUUCUACCUCUUUCGGGAUGGAGACUUUGAGAAUCCUGUCCCAUACAAUGGGGCAAUUAAGGUUGGCGCUAUCCAGCGCUGGCUAAAGGGUCAGGGGGUCUACCUAGGCAUGCCUGGUUGCCUGCCUGCCUACGAUGCCCUGGCGGGCGAGUUCAUCAAGGCUUCCAGCAUAGAGGCCCGCCAGGCCAUCUUGAAAAAGGGGCAGGAUGGCCUCUCAGGUGUGAAGGAGACAGAGAAGAAGUGGGCCAGCCAGUACCUGAAGAUCAUGGGGAAAAUCUUGGACCAAGGUGAAGACUUCCCAGCCUCAGAAAUGACUCGGAUCAGCAAGCUGAUUGAGAACAAGAUGAGCGACAGCAAAAAAGAAGAGCUGCACAAGAGCUUAAACAUCCUGACUGCCUUCCGGAAGAAGGGGGCUGACAAGGAGGAGCUGUGACAGGGCACAAGGGUUUCCAGGGUUUGCUGGGGUUGAGAAAGGGAGAGCCACUUGCUGGCUGUGAGGCCCCUAUGGAGUACAAGGUUGUGGAACAAAGCAGUCCUGAGCCAGAAACCUGAACCCUGAGUAUGCCUGGACAUUCAUGUUGCUGAGAUCAUACUUAGGAUAUCCCUAGAAGCCAGUGUGUGGAGACCCUGUCAAGACUGGUGAGCUGCCCCAGCAGAGGAAUUGGUGCUACAGAGGAGUUAAUGCUGAACAAAUAAAAGUCUUGUUUUGGUUAGAUGGUUUUCUUUUCAGAUUGUACUUUUUUGGCCUGUAAUUUGAGUCUCAGCUAUUGUGGAUUUCUUUCUAUCGGGAACUCUGCCCUGCACAAGGCAUCACCCUCUGGAGAAUCAUGAAUGGUGAGGUAGAGGAUGCUGUCUGCCCUCUGACUUUAUGCCCUCUGUAAUCUAUCAUGCUUUCUUUCUAUAGAGCAAGUUCUUAGUUGUACUAAUGCAUUCUUUUUAGAAUUUAUACAAUCAAGGCCAUAUGUGGUGACACACAUCUGUAAUCUGACGGAGUAGAGGUACAAGGAUCACCUUCAGCUACAUAAUGAAUUUGAGGACCAGCCUAGGGUACAUGAGACUAUUUAAGAAAAAAAAAAAAAAAGGUACACAACCAGAUGAACAAUCACUCCAAUUCAAAGAUUUAAAUGAUAAUUACUUUCCAACAGUAUCACUUGCUGUAAGUUACUCAGUCAACAAUAAAUUUUUAUGGUUUUGGCUUUUGA